AAGCCGAAGUGUGCAGAAAUCCCUCUCCUCCAGGUACUAGCUCCCUAUUUCCGUGGAGAAAGAUUUCAGACCGAGGGACAGAGGGUAGCUGUCCUAUAGCCCUGCAGGUCUUCAGGUCUGUGGUUGUAGGCAUCAACCCAGACAAGAAAAGGAAAGACCUGCAGGACCAGUGCAGGAAAAGGAGGAAAAAUCUCAACAUGGAAAAGGUCUACAAAGAAAAUGAACAAAAGCCAGAAAACGAAGGAAACCUAGACAAUGAGGGAAAGCCAGAAGAUGAAGUAGAUACAGAAGAUGAAGGAAAAUCAGAUGAGGAAGAAAAGCUGGAAGUGGAGGGGAAGCCAGAGCAUGAGGGAAAGCUCCAGACUGAGGGACAACCAGAAGAUGAGGGAAAGCAAGAAAAGCAGGGCAAGUCUGAAAAUGAGGGAAAACCACACAGUGAGAGCAAACCAGAAUCCAUGGCAAUAGCUAAGAGUGAGUCACGGGCUGCUGAAAAGCGCCCAGCUGAAGAUUAUGUGCCUAGGAAAGCAAAAAGAAAAACGGACAGGGGGACAGAUGAUUCCCCCAAGGACUAUCAGGAGGACUUACAGGAAAGGCACUUGGGCAGUGAGGAGAUGAUGAGAGAAUGUGGAGAUGUAUCGAGGGCUCGGGAAGAGCUAAGGAAAAAACAGAAAAUGGGUGGUUUUCAUUGGAUGCAAAGAGAUGCACAGGAUCCCUUUGCCCCAAGGGGGCAACGGGGUGUCAGAGGAAUGAGGGGCGGAGGUAGAGGCCAGAAGGACUUAGAAGAUGUUCCAUAUGUUUAAUGCCUUCGGCCUUCAAUUCUAAUUUCUCUAGUGAGAAUAAUGCUGACCCUGCUUUCCCUGGCAGGCUUAUGCCAGGCUAUAUGCUUUAACCUUAAGCUGAUACUUUGCUUUAGGUGUUACUCCGUUACCAGCAGCCUUCUGACCCAACUGCAGCACUCUGUCUUUCAGUAGGGAACUUUCACCCAUGUGCAUGGAAAAGAUGUUCAUGGUACAUUGUAAAAUAAUAAUAAAAAACAGUUUUUAGAACCGCA